AUGUUGAGCAGUGCAGUUCAAGGUUUAAGCUUUCUGAAUCGACAACGACGACUGUUGCCGCUGCUGCUGCUGCAACGCUGGUCUCGUUGCGAGCUGGCAACUGCAGUCAAACCGAAAGCAGAGACCGGCGCUGCUGAUGAUGCCGUUGCAACUGAACAUGACUCUUGGAGCCGGGCGACUUGUCAAGAAGCCGAAAGUCCUCCACAGCGAACCGCUGAGCACGCCAGUUUGCUCGUUUCCGAGAUAUUUGCGUCGAUCCAGGGCGAGGGUCCCUUUUGCGGUUCACCUUCGAUUUUUCUACGCCUCGGUUUAUGCAACUUAGAAUGCAUCUGGUGUGACACGAAAUACACUUGGUUAUUUAGCGAGCAGCGCCUAGCCCGGCUGCAGUCCCGUAGUCGCGCCCGUGACGGCAGUGCCACAACACCCGGUUCAAGUCAGCAGCAGGAGCAGCCGCUUGCGUCGCAGAAAGCCAACUUCUGUACAGUUUUUGAUAGACACAAGGAGCUGCGACGGCUCUCUAUAGAGGAAGUUUGCAGAUGCAUCGAGCUCGCCCGGGAAGGAACGCGAGCAGAUGCUGUAGUGGUCACUGGGGGUGAGCCACUUCUGCAUCUAAAACCUCUACGACCGCUCGUGAAGCAUCUCGUACAGGAUCUCGAGCUGAGAGUCGAAUUCGAAACGAACGGCACGAUCAUGCCGCAGGUCCUGCUUGAUGUCGAUCACGAAGCGAAACAGCGAAUCCACUUCAAUGUUUCACCUAAGCUAGCGAAUUCGCUUCAGUCAGCAAAACAGCGAUUGCGAUGGGAUAUACUCCAUUACUACGCGACCCAGCUUCCGCACCAAUCAAUCUUCAAGUUCGUUGUUGAUCGCGAAGAAGACCUCGCUGAAGUGGAAAUGAUUGUGAAUGAACUGCAGUUACCGAGGACCCGCGUCUGGCUCAUGCCGCAAGGCACGACAAGCGAAUCGCUCGCACUUGCUGCCAGAGAACGAGUCAUCCCUUGGUGUCUGCGCCUCGGCUUCCGCUACAGCCAUCGUGUCCAUAUCGCGAUAUGGAAUGAUCGCAGAGGAGUCUAG